CCGGCCGAGUCCACUCCUAGCUCUCGGUAGUGUGCGAAAAAACUCUAGGUUGCGCACACCUCAUUUGAUUUUGCUCUCAAACUACUUGAUUAAUCCGUGUUUUUCUUUCAUUUUCUUUGUCGAAAUCCCUGAAUCUAUCUUAUCUACCAACUAGUUCAAGCAGAUUUGGGAUUGUUGAGCAAAAAACGUAAGAAAAUCCAAGUUUUGUGCGUUGAUACACUGUUCAUCAACGAACUGAGUUUUGAUUCGUCUUUCGACGACUGGUUUUGGAACUGAAGACUUGUUUGGGGGUCGCCACCUCCUGGCGAACCUGCCUGUACUGGUUUCCGGCCACCACAGCUCUGUCGUACACCAGCUUGCUAAGAUCCAGUGUGCGAAGUUACUGCUCACAGGAAGCAUUGACUUUGAUUGCCUCCAAAAUCUGUUGUUCAAUCUGAAUUUUGAGCACAUUCUGGGGUUCAUCUAUUCAAGGGGAGCAUUUUGGUACCUAUUUCGAGCAAAAUAAGUAAGUUUCGAGAAACUCAUGCACUAUUCAUCAAAUGUUCAAUGUGCGCCGGGGUGAACUGGUCUUUGAUUUUUUCUGAGCUUGUUUGGCAUUUGUUUUGUACUCUGAAUAUACUGCUAGAAUUGCCUUGUUAGUGGGAACGUUUGGCUAUUUUUUGAGAAUUUUCUGAUCCCAUUUGUGUGGAGGGAGUACUGUUCAUCUUCCUCAAUGGUUUGGAACUGCCAGCUACAGUAAUUCCUGCGAACCUUUGACUAGUUACAUAUUUUUUCUGGAUUCCAUACUUGUCCAUUGUUCAAACGGAGUAUACUGGAGUGUUCCUCACUUCAAAGGGUACAUGUGAGAGUAUUUUCACAAUUUUUGAACAUGUUUGUGAGGUGCUAAUUGCUCUUCCCAAUGACAAAGAAUAAUAAGCAAUCUCGUACACCUCCUCCGAAGGACACGGCGUUUGAUGAAAAAAUCAGAAUGUUGAAUGCUAAGAAGAUGGAACUUGAAGCUAAGAAGAAGGGAGGGGAAGCUAAUACAAAGGUCUUACCUUCGUAUGCCCCAAAACAACCCUCAAACUUACUAUCAACCCUACUUCACCAAUUGGGGUGGCUUCCAAAGAGAUUAGCUUUGAGAAACAAAUUGUUUCCUCUAGUGCUAAUUCUCCUAAUGAUGUGGCUACCUCGAAGGUUAAUGGAUUGGUGGAAGACGAAUAUGAAACCAUUGGGUCCGUUGAUACAAAUUCAAGUGCUAGUUAUGAAGAAAAUGUGGAAGAUGAACUAGAAGGAAAAAGAAGUGGAGUAAUUUGUUUCAAAAUAACCGCUCUCUUUCUCAUGGGAUCAAACUUGAUUAUAUCCCACCUAAAGGGGAUGUGGUGGACUUCUCUAACCGUAUGGUACCCUCUAUUUUUGAUAUAUUGGGAUAUUGUUUGGUUGGUUGCUUCACCAGGAGAUUCCUCGGAAUGAAAGCGGUCCAUGAACAGGGCAAAUGAGGUGUCAAUUGUAAGGUGAAGUCUCAUGACAAGGGCUGGACUAUUUUUCAUUUUAAAAAUGAGGAAAACCAAACAAAGGUCAUAUCCGAGGGGCCUUACUCUUCCUAUGGUAAGGCUUUGAUUCUUAAGGUUUUAUCCGAAGACUUUGAACUUGAUGGAGAGGAAUUUUUGAAAGUACCUAUUUGGGGGAAAUUCCACGGGCUCUCUGUUACUCUUUGGAAUAAACCGGAAAUUAGUGAGCUAGCUUCAUGUGUGGGUUUCCCAUUAUUGCAGACCAAAUAACAUAAAACAAGGCACAGGCUCAAUUUGCACGUGUACUUGUUGAGGUGGAUACUACGAAACCCCCGGUCAUUGAUAUUCCUAUGAUACAACCAUCCGGAAAAAGGAGGAAUCAAUAUGUGAUCUAUGAGACGUAUCCAAAUUAUUGCUAUGAAUGCAACAAGUUUGGCCACAACCCCUUUAUAUGUAAGGUGCUUCACCCGAAACUAAAGGAAGAUGACAACAAAAAAUUGGUUGAUGCAAAGAAGAUGGAAACACCGAAUGAAGAGGGGGGCAAAGAAGAUAGUUGCUGCCCAAGAGGAACCGUUAGAGCUACCUUUCCAACUUGUGGUGCCAAAGAAGAACAAAGCUAAGGCUUCUUCAUCCCAUGAUACAAAGGUGCCGGCCAAACCCACUUCAAUGCUUCCAAGCCUAAGGAUCCCUCGGCCCAAAAGCACAACACGAACAAGGAAUUUGAAUGGAAGGGGUGAAGGAUUCUAAAUAUGCAUGAAAUGCAACCGGAUGACAUUGUUACCACUUUUGUACCCAAUGAAGACAGUGUGCAAGUAGCUUAUGUCAAGAAGCGACAUCAACUCAAGAGCCAUAUUCACGUGGCUAGGCUAGCAAUGGAUUCCCUAAAGGAGGCUCACCAAGAUGUGCCGACUAUUUUAGAAAGUGAGAGGUAACACAAGCAUGCAAAAAUUGUUUGUCGUAUUACGCAAAUAUCAUUUUUAGCAACCUUUGUUUACCCUCUUUACACUGUCUUGGAACGUAACAAUCUAUGGGAACACCUAGCUAUACUUGAGGACCGAAUUAGGGACCCUUGAUUUAUUGCGGGUGAUUUCAAUUGCAUAUGCGCUCCUAAUGAAAGGGUUGGGUCUAACCCUCCCAUGGCAUAUAUGAUACAACAUUUACUUGAUUUUAAAAUCUGAGCUAGCCUAGAGGAUGCCCUCUCCAUGGAAGAAUUCUACACUUGGAAUAAAGGUUCUCUAUGGGCUAAGCUUGACCGGGUUUUGUAUAAUUUUUCAUGAAUUUAUUUGGAACCGAGAUGGGAAACCAUGCCCUUGACCUGAUGGUCUUAGGAAUCGGCCCUUUGAUUGAACAAAAUGUUCAUGAUAGCCUACUUGCUAAAACAUAUUAACCACAUUGUUAUAGCGUUAAUCCCCAAGACUAGCCACUCCCCAAGGGUCUCAGAUUUUAGACCCAUAUCUUGUACGAAUGCAAUUUACAAAAUUAUUAAUGAAAUCAUUGCGGCUAGACUAAUCCCUUGCUUCUCGGGGUUGGUUAAUCAAGCACAAAGUGCUUUCGUGGACGGCCGCCUAAUGUUUGAUAACAUUUUCCGUGCCCAGGAACUUGUUAGAGGAUACAAUAGGAAAUGCAUUUCACCUCGUUGUAUGAUUAUGGUGGAUUUUCGUAAGGCCUAUGACACCAUAUCUUGGGAUUUUCUAGCUAAUGUCUUAAGGGGUUUGGGUUUCCCCUCUAGAUUUGUUGGUUGGAUCUUGGAAUGUGUUUCAACGGCUUCAUUUUCCGUCUCAUUGAAUGGUAACUUAUAUGGUUUCUUUAAGGGGAAAAAGGGGCAUAACCGCAUAAGGCAAGGGGGAUCCAAUGUCCCCAUUGCUCUUAGUACUAUGCCUAGAAUAUUUCUCUCAACUUCUCAAUGUGCGAACCAAUGGUUCCAAUUGUAAUUAUCAUCCACGGUGCGCAUCUUUGGGUAUUACUCACUUGGCCUAUGCGGAUGAUCUCAUGUUCUUUUCAAGAGGUGACAAAUACUCCAUUGAAGUAUUGGUCAAUACCCUGAAAGAGUUUGGGGAUGCAUCGGGCCAAAGAGUAAACCAUGAAAAAUCUAACAUGUUUGUGGGUGGGGUGAAUGACCUUGAGCUACAAAAUACCUUGGACCUUGUUGAUUAUGGGCGUAGUGUAUUCCUGAUGCGUUACCUUGGAAUCCACUUGCCCCCCUCAAAGUCUCCGGUGCCCAACAUGCACUCCUUUUAGACAUGGUCAAUGACUUCCUUAUGACUAGGGAUGGACCCAACCGGGCCGGGCUGGCCCGGAACCGACCCACUACUGUGCGGGCCCGGUCCGGCCCGGGUAUGUGUUGGGUAGUUCGGGCUUUGAACCGGCCCGAUCGAGUAGGGUGGUUCGGGCAUGGGUCAGGAAAAAGGUGAACCGGCCCGGCCGGUUCGGGCCCGGUCCGGGCCUAACGGCUAUUUUUUAAUUUUUUUUUCUUUUCCAGCCCAACAAGCCCUUAUACCCGUUGCAUUCAAACCCAAACGGCUCUAUAGCCGUUGGGAGGCU